AUGUUUGCACCUAAAGUAUGUAACAGAUGCCAGGUCAGAGGGAAAACCUGCGCUUACCGCCAGGGUUCCGCCCCCCUCGAGCAACAAGCUCAACAUCCGCCGCCAGUCAACCAGGAAUCUGCUCCGCCAAAACACCAUCACAAGCCCAUACUGCCUACACUCGUAUUUCCCUCUCCUUCAGCUGUGGAUGAUCACUCUUCUGAACCUUCUUCGAUUUCAGCAACGCCAAUCGCCACUCCAGCGACAAGCCAAGACUCUGAACCGGAGUCGGAUCAGAACCGAGUAUGUUAUGCCGCCCAUGGCCGCUUUGCAGGCGAGGUCGCCGCUGCAAUUGAUGUCAGAGCCGGCGUGGUUCCAGCGACUACUUCAAAUCUUGUUCCUUUCGUGGAUGCGCCUCUGUUUGGCGAAAUAGACCUUCUAAAUCCGCAGCUUGGCUUUGGCUACACACUACCGCCUCGCGAGUAUGCAGACAAACUAAUUGAUAUAUACUGGCAAUACAUCGACCCAGUGGAGCCAGUUCUGGAUCGUGAACGCUUCUCACGGGAUUAUGAGGCCGUUUAUGUGGGCUCGGGAGCACUGCCUCAUGCAGACCGUGACACCUGGCUGUGCAUUUUCAACAUUGUCAUCGCUUUAGCCGUUCAGCGACAAGAAUCUAUUCCUUUGGAGAAGCGAGACGCGGAGGCUAGCCAUUACUUCCAGCGCGCGUGGGCUCUUCUCCGUCCAGAGGCCAUUCUUUGGAAGCCAGGAUCUAUUGAGCUGGUGCAGAGUCUAAUGCUCAUGAACCGGUAUCUGCACUGCACAAAUAACCAACAAAAAACCUGGAUGACCGCCGGGUUGGCCGUGAGGAUCGCGCAAGGCAUGUGCUGUCACUUACCGGAAUCUUUAUCGACCAAAGACUCUUCCAGCGACGCCAAACUGAAGCAUCGGGUUUGGGUCAGUUGCGUUGCCUUGGAUCGGUGCGUUUCCUGGUCACUAGGCAGGACAUCAGUGCCAUCCUUAGUCCAUCUACCCAUGAAGACGAAUUCUCUAGUGGCGAGUGGCACCUCCCAUAUAGGUGCUGAGCAUGCUGAUAAGCUGAGGCGCAAGAUGGAGCUUCAUGAAAUAGGAAAUCAGAUCCAACUAGCCCAAACCCAGACGCGGAACGGGCUCGCCACUGGCUUAGGUCUCCCGCGUCUGUAUCAACACGAUGACUAUAUUUCGGUCGCCGUGCAGCUCGACUCUUGUUUAAGCAAAUGGGAGAAAGGUCUACCAGACGAGUGGCAGCUACAAAACCUUCCACGGGUUACCGACCGAGCUUCGCGAGCUGAAGGAUACCUGCUUCAGUUACGUCUCUUACAUUCACGUAUUUUUCUAUUUCGGCCCAUGCUUGCUCGGUUCUACUCAAUGAAACCUCAGCAAGUGAAUUCCCGGGCCACAUCGAGCCCUCCGAGCCUGAUCGACCGGCUGUUGAAAGACUCUUCUGCAAUGUGUAUCGAGGCAGCUCAAAAGAUCGCAUUUCUCAUCAACCAAACUCUCACUCCCCCAACUGAAUCUACCAGCCUUCUACCAUGGUGGUACCGAGUCUACUACUUGCAUAUCGCUGGAACCAUCUUCUUAGCCGCCAUGUUUGCAUCCGAUCUAUACACUCCAUCCGUGUCGGACUCGUGGAGCAUUGUUUUAUCAGCCCUUCGAGCACAUACACACCUCAGCGCCUACGUCCAGCAAUGCAUCCACACGUUUGAGACGCUAUCGGCUAGGAUCUUACAAACAAAAUUCCCAUCCUCCAAUGGCUGCACUGUAGACGUGCCACUUGACAGGACGUUUGGGUUUUCUUUUGGCGACCUCUUCGAGGAUGUUGGCUUUGAUUUUGAUACUUUUGUAUUUGGCAUGGAAGAUUUCCCUGAGAACUAA